UUGCUUUGACUGCUGAGCGUUGACGCUGCAGGUAACUGGCUUGCCAAAGAGGCUUUGGACGCUUUCGCUGUCAUGGUCGUUUUUGAUUAACAAUUGGAUCGUAGCUAAGGCUCCCAAUUGGUCGCCAUCAUGUGGAAGUUUAGAGAACUUAGUGACAAAGUCACCAAUGUGGUGAUGAAUUACUCGGAAGUCGAAGCUAAAGUACGAGAAGCAACCAACGAUGAUACCUGGGGACCUCACGGUUCCAUCAUGCAAGAUAUUGCUAAAAACACGUUUACGUAUGAAGGGUUUCCUGAAGUAAUGGCAAUGCUCUGGCAGCGAAUGUUCGACAAAACCAAGAACUGGCGACGCACGUAUAAGUCCUUGCUGUUGUUGGCGUACUUGGUCCGCAAUGGCUCUGAAAGAGUUGUCACGAGUGCUCGUGAUCAUAUGUAUGAUCUGAAAGCCCUGGAGGACUAUCAGUACAAAGAUGAGAAUCUCAAAGAUCAAGGAAUUAAUGUUCGACAGAAAGUGAAGGAGCUCAUAGCUUUGCUUCAGGAUAAUUCGCGGCUACGAGAUGAACGACGGAAGGCCAAAAAGACCAAGGACAAGUAUGUUGGUGUGUCAUCCGAGCAGACCACAACUCGUUACAGCGAUCGAUAUGAUGCAGACCCUCGUGCUUCCUCCUACGAUGAGGGUGAAGGGCGCGUGAAGUCCUCCAGCAAGAACGCAUACAAAGACGACAGCGACUCAGAGCACGACGAAGGUGCGGGCAUUUCCAUGCCUUCGGGUACAAUCGGUACACCAACCACAAGCAAGAAGACUGCGAAAAAGAGCCGUGCGCCAAUCGACCUCGGCGCAGCUGCCCACUACACGGGGACCGGCCCCGAAAGCACUAAUUCAUCUGCUGCUGCUGGUACUAGCAGUGGUGGUGAUCUGUUUGCAGACUUCUCCAGUGCUCCAGCAGCUAACACCAAUAAGACCGUGUCACAGGCAACGUUGCAGUCCGUUGCUCCUCACGUUGAUGCCUUUGGCGCUGCUCCUUCUGCUAGUGCAGCACCCGCCAACCAAGAUUUUGGCGACUUUGCGGCGUUCUCAUCUGCCCCGGCAGCAGCUGCUCCUGCGCCGGCUGCUAGCUCGCAAGGCUUUGCCGACUUCACCGGCUUCCAAGGUGCUACGCCUGCACCGACACAACAACCCGCUGUGGCCGCUGCACCGGCACCGCUUUCAGCUAUGGAUCUCAUGAAUGCUCAGCCAUCGUUAAUGCAGCCUCAGGCAACCACAGCACAGACUAUGCAGCCAGCUGCAUCUGCUGCCACAACUACUUCAGCACAAGCAGACCUUAAAUCCUCCAGUGAGCUUAGUAAGUGGACUGACUCCACAGGGUUGAAUGUCAGUUUGGACCUGAGCGCGUCCUCGGCGCAGAAGAAGGCACAGAGCAAUCAGCCAUCCAUGAAUCAGAUGCAGCAGCGCAAGCCAGUGGCACCCGCAGCCGGCUCCACGAUCCAAGCCGGUGGUAUGAUGGGAGGCGGUAUGCAGGCACAGCAGCAAGCGGCAAUGAUGGGAGGCAUGCAAGGUGGUAUGCAAGGCGGCAUGGGUGGUAUGCAGGGCAUGCGAAUGCAAGGUGGUGGCAUGAUGGGCGCCGGUAUGGGCAUGGGCGGCAUGCAGCCUGCUGCUGCUGGCAUGGGCGCUGCCGGUAUGCAGGGAAUGGCCAUGCAGCAAGGCAUGGGUAUGCAACAGCCAGUUGGCAUGGGUAUGCAACAGCCAGUUGGCAUGGGUAUGAUGGGCAUGCAGCAAGCCGGCGGCAUGCAACAAGGUAUGAUGGCACAACAGAACAUGAUGGCCAUGGGUGCGAGACCAGCACAAGGCGCUGGCGCGUACGGUGCAUUCAUGAAGUAAUCCGUUGCGUUUGUGUGUGUGUGCGCGCACGCGCCAUUCUCUCUUUCUCGGACAUCUAGGACUGUUGCUUUGUUUGAGCUUCUCAGUAUGCGAGGGACUGCAUAUUUUAAUUGCGUCCUCCUGGCACAGCCUCUGUGCUUCUUCCCCCCCCCCCCCCCCCCCUUCGUCCUCCACUCUAUUGAGACUGGGUCGCAGUGCUCUUCCCCUCUUUUUCUUCAUCUCUUCCUCACGUUCCCUUUAGGCAUGCCCAUCCUAUCAAAUUUUGGUCGUUGAUCAUGCCCCGGCACUCCAGUUUGUCUCUUGGUGGAUGUCCUCUCCGUCAUGUAUAUGUGUCUGUGCCCGUGUUUAUCGCUCCUCGCCUGUACAUUGACACCGCUGGGCCCACCUUUCAUUUAUUCCUUGUUUUCUAGAAUUUGUCAAUUAGAUGUUGUCCAACACAUUAUUUUUUAUGCUUCAAUGGGCACUGGUAUGUUAUUGCAGAAUUGUUCCUUGCUUCUGGUGAAACUAAAUAUUGAACAAUUUUGUUUGUUUUUGCUGAAUAAUACUAAUAAUAUUUUGUCUCUACUCGUGCAUACCAGUGCUCUUCGUCUGUUUUGUUGUUGCCGUUUCUCUGUUAUACCAUGUCCAAAAUGCGACCGUCUCUAAUAUUGCUACAGAACGUGCCACUGGAUGUGGCUUGAUUGA